GAAAGUUAGUAAACAUUAACAAUUAAAGAAAAGCAGAAAAAGUUAAACUCGGAUCUCUAUGAUUCACCAAUCAAUGACCUCAAAUCUUUCAUUUUACAUUUCUUCUGUGUCUCAUCUUUCCUCUCCUCUUCCAUCGCUUAGUCGCCUCUCUCUUCGUUGUUGCAGCUCUCUUCCUGCUCACGAUAUGGAGACAAAACCAAGUCAAGGCCUUUACCCACUUCACCGUUGCAAAACCAUACAUCUGGUGAGACAUGCUCAAGGGAUUCACAAUGUUGAAGGAGAGAAGAACCAUAAGGCUUACUUAUCUGAGGAUCUAUUUGAUGCACAUCUUACACCUCUUGGAUGGCAACAAGUUGAUAAUUUACACAAGCAUGUUAAUGCAAGUGGUAUUUCCAAUAGAAUUGAGUUGGUAGUCGUAUCUCCUCUGCUCAGGACUUUGCAAACAGCGGUCGGAACUUUUGGUGGGGAAGGUUACAAAGAUGGUGUAAAUACACCUCUGCUUAUGACCGCAGGUGCUGGAAACAGCGAUCGUCCUGCUAUAUCAAGGUUAAAUCGUCCACCGUUCAUUGCGGUUGAAUCCUGCCGAGAACAUUUGGUAUGUUUACUUUUCUACCUUUUGCAUGAUUGGCAUUUUCUUGAGAUGAAAACUUUUGCAAUGUUCUUGGUUCAGGGUGUUCAUCCUUGUGACAGAAGAAGCAAUAUCACCAAGUACCGCGAAUUAUUCCCUGCGAUUGAUUUUUCAUUGAUAGAAACUGAUGAAGAUGUCUUGUGGAAGCCUGACAUUAGAGAGGAGGAUAAAGAUAUUGCGACCAGAGGCGUGAAGUUCUUUAACUGGUUGAGUACAAGGAAAGAAAAAGAGAUUGCGGUUGUAACUCAUAGUGGGUUCUUGUAUCAAACAUUAAACUCAUUUGGAAACGAUUGUGAUCCAUCUGUGAAAAACGAGAUUUCUAAAAAAUUUGUCAACUGUGAACUCCGUUCAUUUGUUCUUGUAGAUAAAUGCAUGAGCAGUUCGGAUCCUCCAAUGACCAACUAUCCCGGAACAAUACUUACCGGAGAAGAUGCUUCUAGUGAUAUUGCUGAUCAGAAGUAGUUAUAUGUAUUAUGUUAAUCUUAUAUGAAUCUCAAAGCUGUAUAUUUCUAUACAAUGGAAUAGAAAAUGGAGUUAGACGUAACUAUUUUAUUUAACGUUACCGUAUCCUACGGAUUCACACUUAAAUGUUAUCUCGAUUAAGCAACGAGGGGAAUUUUUUGACCCCAUUUCAAUUUGUUUGUUUGGUUUACCAAAUUAAUUGCUACCAUAAUGCAGACU